AGGCUCAGUAUUCUGUUAGGACGCCACUGGGGUUUAGACUUACUUGAGGAUUGUGUAUCUGUGACGGAUAGGACGAGAUAAUCAUUGACCGGCUGUCUUCAUUUGCACUGCCUGUCUACAACUGCGUAUAAGUUUUUCAGCCCACUCAUAGGCAGGCACCCAGUCAUGUAGAGAGCAGCGCGUGGAGGACACCCAGAUCACUUUCAGCACUUUCUACACAAAGAGACACCCCACCACUCUUCGGGCUGGACUGCACAGUGACAGCAGCCCGCCCCCCGCGUCCCCCAGCCAUGUCGUCACGCAUCGGCCUGCGCCUGCAGCUCAUGCGGGACCAAAUGCAGCAGGAGGAGCAGCGGGAGCGGCAGCAACAGCAGGCAGCAUCCAUGCAUUACAUGCAGCAACGCAUGCCAGGCCCACCAACACCCUCGCCAGCCAUCAGCGCACCAACACACUUCCAGGCACCCAUGCAGGUGCCUGUCGAAGUAUUAAAGGUACAGACUCAUCUUGAGAACCCCACAGACUACCACAUUCGACAGUCUCAGCGGCAGCAGGUCAAGGAGUACCUGUCCACCACGUACGCCACCAAGCAGGCUGUACAUGCAGUCACAAGCUUGGUACAGCCCUCUCCGCCCACCAUGCCCCAGGCUCAGACAGGAACCGUCCCACCACCCAUGCCCUCUCCAUGCAUGCGCACCGAUCAGCUCAUGACCUCUGCUGGGAACAGCGCACCCAACAGUCCCAUGGCCAUGCUCAACAUCGGCUCCAGCCACGAGAAUGAGAUGGAUGAGGUUAUUGAUGACAUCAUCAGCCUGCAGUCCAGUUAUGAUGACAUCCAGGCUUAUAUUGACCCUGUGGUCCAGAUGCCAAACACACUUCCACUGUCCAGCAGCCAUUUGGAUGUGUACACGGGGCCAGGUAUGUCCGGAUCAGCUAUCGCCAUGACCAGCAACUCCUGUCCUGCCAACCUAGCCAUCAAGAGAGAACUGUCAGAUGCUGAAGCUCGUGCAAUGGCUAAAGAGAGGCAGAAGAAAGACAAUCACAACCUGAUUGAAAGGAGGAGGCGGUUUAACAUCAAUGAUCGAAUUAAGGAGCUGGGCACCAUGAUCCCUAAAACCAAUGACCUGGAUGUGCGCUGGAAUAAAGGCACUAUUCUGAGGGCCUCUGUGGAGUAUAUUAAACGCAUGCAGAAGGACAUCCAGAGAACCAGAGAGGUGGAGAACAACUUCAGGAGAAUGGAGAUGGCCAACAAACAGCUGUGGCUCCGCAUUCAGGAGCUUGAGAGGCAGGCCCGGAUGCAUGGCCUCCCCAGCACCUCUCCAUCCGGUCUGAACAACACUGAGAUUCUCAACCCCUUCAUCAAGCAGGAGAACAGUCCUGAGGAGAACCACCUCUUGCACCAGCCCCAUCUCCCUCCUCACUACCCCCAGCAUCAACAGCACCAGGGUCAGCCGCAGCCACGGCCCCACGCUCAGCUCCACCAGCACCAACACCAGCACCUUCACCCCCAGCCCCCGCUGCAGUACCCGGCCGUGGGCAGCUCCCAGCACUUUGACUAUGCCCAGUCGCUGGACUUGUGCGACGGCGGCAUCCCAGGAUAUCAGGAUAGCAUGGGGGGCAUUGGGGACCUCAGCUCGUUGGGCGGAGGUGUCGCGCCAAUGGGAAAGAAGAGCGAGCUGGGCUUCUUGCUGAUGGAAGAGGCCCUGUCGCCGCUGGGAGGAGACCCGCUACUGUCCGCCAUGUCCCCUGAGGCUUCUGUGGACAGCAGCCGCCGUAGCAGCUUCAGCAUUGAGGACUCAGACAUACUGUGACCUGGACAGCCUUAGAUGUCGCUGCACAAUGCGCAUAUGAUGCGACAUGUAUUCACAUACACAGAUGUUGCAUUUAGUCUGGCACACUGUUAAUAGGGAAAGGUACGAUAUUGAUGCACCCUGCCAUCCUGAAAUGAAAGUUUAGCUACUUUUUUUAUCCUUUAAGAAUGAUAUGCAAUACAAGAAACAUGGUUUUAGUGCAACAGUUUUUGUCACGGAAAUGAAAAUAUGCAUAUAUUGAUAAAUGCAAUAUAGACUAAGUGAACAAACAGAACUGAGAUGCUUGAAUUCUGUCACAGAGAAUUAGCCUAUAUUGGAUGUUUUGUACAAAAAUAUGUCCUUAGACACAUACAGAUUGCCAUAAAGGGAUACACUGUAAAAAAUAAAAAACACAAUUUGUUGAAUCAGCUUAAAAUAAUUUGUUACCCCGCUGCCUUAAAAUUUUAAGUUCAGUCAACUAAAAUAAGUUUAGUCAACUUGAAAUGUUAAGUUGUACUAAGUAACAACUUAGAUAUUUGUGUUUGCUAAACUUAACAGAUAGGUAAGUAACCCAGCUGCCUUAAAAUUUUAAGUUGAUUCAACUCAAAUAUCUAAGUUGUCACUUAGUAUAAUUUAACAUUUCAAGUUGAAUAAACUUUUUUGGAGUUGACUGAACUUAAAAUUUUAAGGCAGUCAGGUUACAAAUUAUUUUAAGUUGACUCUACAAAUUUGUUUUUACAGUGUAGUUAAUCCAAAUAUGAUAAUUUUGUCAGUUUUCUCACCUCGUGUUUUUGUUUAACACAAACAGUUGGUAACCAGACAGUUCCUUGUAGCCACUGACUUCAAUAGUAUUGAAAAAAAAAAUACUAUACGUCAGCGGCUACUGGUAACUGUUUGGUUACCAAACUUCUUUAGUUUAGAACAACAUGAGGGUGAAUAAAUGAUGACAAACUUUCCAUUUUGGGUGAACUCUAUCCUUUCAAAGGUUGUGAAAAAUGUUGAGUCAGCUUUUACACUCAGAUAACCACUUUUACAGUCCAAACCACACUCUCACAUUCUCUCUCUGUAGAAUUAUAUUUUUCUGCUUUAACAUAUGUCAGCCAUUUCCCCAUGUGAGACUGUCACACUCACUUAAUGUCCUCUAAAUCCAGACAUUAAUGAUUAUUGGAGAAUUUGAAAUACACCGCCACAUCUGAGCUCUUAAACACAACGCCUGCUGUAUCAGAGCAAUAUGCAAAGGCAGCUUAUCAAUAUCAAUAAUGUCUUUCGAAAGCUUAUCAAUAAGUAGGAAGGAAAGGGUUCCCACAGCCAUGGAAAACCUGGAAAGAAAACCUAUAAUUUAGUCAGCUGUGAGUGAAUCAUUCUUUUGAUUUGGUUCAUUAAAAUGAAUCAGCCAAAUAGAUUCACAAAACAGUCCUUAAAGGUCCUUGUCUACUAACAACAACAGAUCCAAAAAAAAUUACAGGAAAAAACAUCAGUAUGCUUAGACUAGUUCAUACUCAGGUGUGACUCUCCACAAACAAGCAGAGAUAUCUAUCAAAAGAAACCUGCCAUAUCACCCUAGCAUUAGCGUUACACAUGCUUUUUUAUGUAGCUGCUGUUCUGUUUAUAUAACAGGCCAGACCAGGUGCUCGUGUGAGAGACAGUAUGUUCAGCAGACGGAACAGCAGAAUGCAGUAUAAAUUAACUUGUUAUUUGCCACACACUCCUAAUGAGGUGCCUUAAAGCCAAGGCCAGAUUCUUCAAGAAGCACACUCUCAAAUGCUCGUGUUGGUACUCAGUAAAAUAAAGCUGACAGCUGUGAGCCUUGUUUGCCAAACUGAAGUUCAUACAGCCCAAGGUGCCUUUCAGGAAAUCUGGAUCAACAUGAAAUUUGAUCCAGCUUUUGAGCUGUACAGUGAAAGAAGUUGAAUAUGUAGAAAAUAUACAUGUAUUAUUAUAGGUUCUCUCUUUUUUUCUCUCUCUUCCCAAAGCACUGGAAAAAAAAAACUGUUUUAAUUUUAUUGAUAUUAUAAAGAUUUUAUGAAGAGAGUUUAAUUUCAAAUGUUUAUGCCACUAAGCCACUUAAAUGUACUUUAUCUGUUUUCAUUGUAUUAUUUUUGUUUCUAAAACCUAGUUUUAUUAUAUCACUGCCGAGCCAUAGAAAUAUACAGAUAUUUCUGCCAUUCUAUUAUAUAAAUGGCAAGUGCAGAGCCAUAUAUUUUUCUUUUCAAUUUUUUUUGUACAAAAUCGUUAAAACACAUUAGGCUUUGAAAUUAAAAGAACAUAUGUAAUGUUGUUUUUAUAUUGAUUUUAUUCCUUUUUUAAGAAAAAGACAUUUGAGGAAAAGUGAUACUGUUGAGUAAUGAUUCAUUGUUUUCAUUCAAUUUUAAUUAAACCGUUGAGAAUGUGAAUUUUACAUAUUGUACAGUUAAAUCAAGGUGGCUUGUAAAACUGCCUGUGUUGAACAUGAGCUUUAAUAGAACCUAAGCGCCGUAUGAUGCACCUCCAGUGUCUUAUUACCCUAACCACCUCUCCCUGUUUUACUGCUUUAUUGUUUUAAAGGUACGGUUCAUAGGUGCUAAAAUGGCAUCGUUUAAACCUCAUGAAUUAGUUUUGAAAAUACAGGAGAGACACCACAGGUGUAUUUUAUGCUUUAUUAUUAUUAUUAUUAUUAUUAUCGCAGGUGUAUGACUAACUGCCUGGAUGUUGCACAGAAUUCAGCCAAGUUAAAACAACCCGACAGCUCUUGUUGAGACUUGGGUACUCUAUGCAAAUCUUUGACUUGGUUAGCUAGAACAGGCAUAGCGUAGCAAAUAAGCAAGGGCAUUUUAGAUAGCAUUAUGGGAAGGGGCUUCUACUUUUGCUUGUGUGACAUUUUUUUUUGGUUUUUAGCCAUGCACCAGGAAUGAGAAGGUUUGCCAUUUAAGAAUGAAGAUAAAUCACUUGAAGUAAAGAGUAUGCUUUGGUAAAAUAUCUUGAUGAUUAAGGAAAAAAAAAAAAAAACACAUUUUGGCAGUUCAUUUUACAGCAUGCUGAAAGACAA